GAUGAUCACUAAAUAUUUGUUUUGUAUAUACACCAACAUAUCUGUUACCUAUUGGAUUUUGUUGAAUAGUUUUGCUCAGGCUCAUUUACUUUGCAUUGUUUCUGUAUAGGCUAUGGUUUUCUUUAACACGUCGCUUACUAUUUAUAAAUCACUAUGAAAUUACAGUGCUGAAAAAAGCGAGGAAGCCGCGAUCAUCAUUAUGUCAUUUUAUCUAUUGUGACCUACUUGUGCGAUAGUACAAGGCCUAAUAAAUUACCUCUCUGAAAUAUAAAUAAGGAAGGAUGAAAUAUUAUCAAAUGUUGUACGGAAUAAUGUGUGUUUGGAAAAUCUCCUACUCCGGGGCUUGUAUGUUGACACUCUGCUCUCCAAUAGUAUGAUAGGACCAAAGACGACUGUAUGUGGGGGCACAAGGUGUCGAUGUAUUCAAUUUAGCGUUUUAAAAUUCCUAUGUGAUUCCUAUUGUGCAAUCUCAUUGGAAGUUACGGAAAGGAAGAGGGGAUUAAAAAAAUCUAGAUCUCUGCUCCGGGGUCCCCCGGCGCGUGCAAUCACAGCCCCCCUCGAGGGUGCUAUUUUGCAGGCACGUCCACUCGCUAUUGGUCAGUGGCUGGUCAGAUGGUACGGUUUCCCUCUGUCCCGCACUGGCACAUAGCCACCCAGAACACCCCCCCCCCCACCCGCCCCCACCCCCAACUAAAACCCAAUCUCCGAUAAACUACUAAUAGCUAAACCACUUGGACUAUAAAACACAACAAAUCAUAAACCAAGCAAAAGAGCCGUACCCUCCCAAUGAGUUCCUAUUUUGUAAACUCAACUUUCCCAGUGACUCUGCCCGGAGGACAGGAGUCGUUCUUGGGACAGAUACCGUUAUAUUCCUCCGGAUACACAGACCCUUUACGACACUAUCCCGGUGCUGCUUAUGGAGGUCCCAGUGUCCAAGAGAAGGCGUACCCAUCCUCCUUUUACCAGCAAGCGAACGGUGCCUACGGCAGGGCAACCGCAGCCGGUCCCUGCGAUUAUGCGACAGCAAGCUUCUACAGGGAAAAGGACCCAGCCUGCGCCCUCGCCAGCAUAGAUGAACACUCCUUCGUUCUCAGUCAGGACCAUCGCAAGCAAGACUGCACGGGGUCGACGGGGAAAAGCAUCUACCUUGAGGCCGACGAACAGAAGCCGUCAGCGCCGGUUUAUCCUUGGAUGCAACGGAUGAACUCGUGUAACGGGACUUUCGGUAACGCUGGCCGAAGGGGUCGACAGACGUACACUCGCUACCAGACGUUAGAAUUGGAGAAAGAGUUCCACUUUAACAGGUAUCUGACCCGAAGACGCCGCAUCGAGAUCGCGCACGCACUGUGCCUGACAGAACGUCAGAUAAAGAUUUGGUUCCAAAACCGGCGAAUGAAAUGGAAAAAAGAGAACAAAUUGAUCAACUGUUCACAAACCAGUGGCGAAGAGGAGGAGGAGAAGAGGACAGAAUGAAAUUUUGAACGAUAAAAUCCCCCCCAAAAGAAAACUAUUGCAUAGAGGGCACCAGACACCACUCUGUAAUAACACAAAUGAAGACUUUCCAUCAUGUUAGCAACUGUAGCAUUCCUGUUAACUCAUAAUUGUAAUUUCUCUUGUGAUUUUAUUUUACUUUUUUGUACAUGAUGUUUAAAACAUGCGGUUUGUGCGCUCUUACUCUGAAUUUAGAUUUGCUCUUAUAAUUGAAGUCCAUGUUGAACGAAGCUAUUUGAAAUGUGUGUCAUAUUCGUGUUUAUAUUUAAGCUGUGUAAAAGUAAAAAAUAAAUUCCCAUUGUACGGAAAAGCUUUUCUAUCUUUCAUUUUUUUGUAAGGUAAACGUUUAGACAAUAUAUGUGCUAAUUUAGUAAGAUUGCAUGGGUGAAAAGCAGUUAGAGAUUCUGGAAAACAAUACUAGCUUCACAUCAGUCUAUAUAGGCAUAUAUAGCACGUAAGCUACUUUACUUUUUGUUUGUUUUUCAAUAAAACAAGCAAAUCUUUCCGCAUGUCAUGCAUGCUUUACCUAUAUGAUGACGGCCGAUCAUGUGAAAUGACGAAUCCUUUUUUUUUGCGGUACAACACCUGUAUGCAUUGCAUGUAUUAUUUUUAUUUUUGUCAAGAAAACUUGUUUAAACAAAUUCACGGUUGACCCAUAGGUGAUGUAAUGAGAUAUACAGCCUUUACCGCAUCUUUAGCCAUGAGGGCGAGGCGAUAACCAUGCACUCUUCUGCGUAACUAGUGUGAAAUUUCAGUACCUGCGGGAUAAUAUGUAAAUAUAUGAUACAUUUAUUAGUGUGCAUAUGAUAUUUUAGUACAAAUACUGGUCACGUGUUUUCCUGAUUUCAUUUGACAGGUACAAAGACCAAAAAAGUUUGCGUUAGGGAUUUGGUUACGCUUUUUGUACUACUAAGAGGCCGAACGUUGCCCACUUGGUUUCAAAAUACUUCCUACAAAGUGAGAGGUGAGAAGGUUCAGCAGGUUUUAAUAGAUAACCAAAAGAGAAAGCUGACCUGUCGUGGCUGGUCACUCACCCUGAGAGACUAUACAGCCUGGAGGGCUAAGCGACAAUAAACCACAUUUUUCAGGUGGAGGUUCCUAAAUCCCUCUUAACAAAUUAACCCCAAUAUCACACAUAAUUUACAUUAUAGAAAAAAAGUAAUAAUGCAUACAUUUCUACACGCAACGUCACAUUAAUUAUAUUUAUAUUUGAAAAGCAGAGUAUGCAUGCAUCUGUGCAUGAGCGUGUGUUCACAAAGCACAGUGGAUGGACUUCAUGCUUAUACGCAGCCUAGAAUAUUAUGUUACUUGUUAAAUUCUGCACUUUUCCGAGCAUCAAAAAUAUAAAAAAUGUCAGUGUAAAUGUUGACCUGAGGAAUUUCAACGGUGGUUUCCGUCUUUAACGUAAUCAAAAGUGAAUGGAAGUAUAGUACAGAUUUACAUCAUGCACAUAGGCUACAUGAACCAGCAAUUUGCGUUUUGUCAACAAACCAUAUAUCAUCUUAGAACAUAAAUCACGAUCUCGCAUUCCUUAUAUUCAUCAUUCCAUAGAAUUUGCUGUGUG